UCUACUUUGCAAACUCGUCGUGAGUAAUAUAUUUAUAGUUAAGAUUCAGGUCAGAAGUUGGGGGAAAUUAUCAAACCUCUUCUCUUCUCUUCUCUUCUUUCUUGUUUUUUUUUUUCUCAACAUAGAAACCUUUCCAUUGAGUUUCUCUCUUCUUCUUCUUCUAAGAGUAUAUUCAAAGUGAUUAGUAUCUUCGUCAGUUUCAAAUGGGUGAAAUCAUCGGUCACAAGAAUAGGCAAAUAUGGUCACCCUCUCAAGAUCCCUUGUUUGAUCAUUCCAAUAAACAUCAGUUGCAUAAAUCUGUCAAGAACCACCAUCACCAUCAUAACCACGUUACCGGUGGAUUCCGCCGGACCGGUGCACCUCCUCUUAGAGAAACUUUUCCUUUGAACUAUAAUACAAGACAAAAGCAACAAAGCAAUUGGCAAAGGAGUAAAGGAGAGGAGCGUAUGCAAGCAUUUUUCUUGGUUUCACCGGGACGUUCAACUUCCGGGACCGGAGUUUUUCUUCCGGCCACCGCUUCUCAUCCCCCCACCAAAAAAUCAGCUUGCUCGCCGGUGCUUCUCCCGACGCGUGUAGUUCAAGCACUCAAUCUCAACAUUCACCACAAUGGUAUCCAUAUUUCUCCUCCUCAUCCAGAAAAAAAUUCGAAGAAGAAGAGCGAACUGUUGGUAAUGCCUAUGAAAACUGAAGUUGAAAGUCCGAUUGACUCGCCGGAGAAACUUCUCCCGGAUGAAUGGAUUUACUGAUGACAUGAUCCAAUCCAACCCGACCGUUGUGCCAUUGACCAACCUUACUUAUUGAUGUGGAAAAGUAGAAUCAAAUAAAACAAAAAAUGAAAUAAAUAUCAUUGGAGUAUUGUGUGUUGUGUAUGCUUCGUUGCCCAUCGGAUUAGUGAUAAUAUCCAAAUAAGAUCAACCCCUUUUGUGACAGUGUAUAUAUAUAUAUGUAUAAUUCUUCAUUUUUCCCU